AACCCCCAAAAAAAAAAAAAAAAAAAAAAAAAAAAAAAAAAAAAUUAUACACAAGUUACGGUGAAGAAUGUCGUCAGGCGCCGGCGGAGACCACCCUCCCCACAUCCUGGUCUUCCCUUACCCGGCCCAAGGCCACAUGCUCACCCUCCUCGACCUCACCCACCAACUCGCCCUCAAAAACUUCCCCAUCACCAUCUUACUCACUCCCAAAAACCUCCCUACUCUCUCCCCACUCCUCUCCGCCCACCCCACCACCAUCCAAACCUUCCUCCUCCCCUUUCCUCCCCACCCCGACAUCCCCGCUGGCAUCGAAAACGUCAAAGACAUCGGAAACUCCGGCAACCUCCCCAUCAUCAACGCCCUCUCCAACCUCCAAGACCCCAUUAUCCGCUGGUUCAACUCCCACCGUAACCCCCCUGCCGCCCUCCUCUCCGAUUUCUUCCUCGGCUGGACGGAGCAUCUCGCCCGUCGAAUCGGCAUCCCCCACAUCGCAUUCUUCUCCUCCGGUGCCUUUCUCGCCUCCGUUCUCGACUUGUCCUUGACAAACUUUAGCAAGAUCAGCACUUUACCCGCCGUUGACUUCCAUGAUCUUCCCGGAUCGCCUUCCUUCAAGGAACAACACUUGCCUUCCGUCAUGCGGGUAUGUAAGAAGAUGACGCCGGAGACGGACUUCCUUAAGGGUAGUUUGCUGGCGAAUUUUUCUAGUUGGGGUUGCGUGUUCAACACGUUUGAUGCUGUGGAAGGUGAGUUUUUGAGGUAUUUAAGGAAGAGAGUGGGACACCAUAGAGUUUAUGGUGUUGGGCCAUUGAGUUUGAUGGGUGUUGAGGAAAGAAUAGAGACUGAGAAUAGAAAUUUUGGUCAUGUUAUGGCGUGGCUUGAUGGGUGUCCUGAGGAUUCUGCUUUGUAUGUAUGUUUUGGGAGCCAGAAGAUGCUUAGUAAGGCACAAAUGGAGGCAUUGGCUUUUGGGCUUGAGAAGAGCGGGGUGAGGUUCAUAUGGGUGGUGAAAACCGCCAGAACAGCCGAGCAGGCGGCGGAGGGGAAGGGCGUUGUUCCCGAGGGGUUUGAGGAGAGGGUAGGAUUUGAAAGAGGGUUGGUGAUCAGAGGGUGGGCGCCUCAGAGGUUGUUACUGAGCCAUAGGGCCGUUGGGGGGUUUGUGAGCCACUGCGGGUGGAACUCGGUGCUGGAGGCUGCAGUGGCGGGGGUGAGGAUACUAGCAUGGCCAAUGGAGGCCGACCAGCAUGUCAAUGCCAGGCUGCUGGUGGAGGACAUGGGAGUGGCGGUGAGAGUGUGCGAGGGAGCUGAUGGAGUGCCUGACCCGGUUGAGCUGGGGAAUGUGGUGGCAACAGCAAUGCGCGAGGAGGCACCGCAGAAGGCGAAGGCAAAGGAGUUGAGAGAUGAGGCGAUAGCUGCAGUGAGGGAUGGUGGGAGCUCUGCAUUUGACUUGGAUGAGCUUGUGAGAGAGUUGUGUAAACUGCCGAAGCCUGUAGGAAAAAAAUAGUAAAAGAUAUGGAAUGAGGCUCUUGUAUGUUUUUUUUUUUUUUUGGGGUAUAUUUUUUAAUUAUGAUUCGGACGAAUAAUAACAAUUAUAUUUUGCAUUUAACGAAUAAUGUUUCAAACUGAACAUAGAUGCAGACAAAUAUUCCAAUACUAGUCAUG